AUCUUUUCUUUCUGUAGAAGCUAGAAGACUCGAGCUUUAAAAAUAAAUCCAGAUAGAGGUAGAGAGAACGAGAGAGAGAUGGAUCCAAAGCUAACAGAAGUAUCCCAGCUAUUCGAGCGAUUCAAAGCGGCGUGCACAAGAGAAGAUUUCAAUACUUCGACGAAUCUGCUCUCUCAGCUCAAGGUCUUGUUGACAGGAUUUCGAAGCUUGCCGCCGUUGUUUGAAAACACACCUAAUGCUGUUCAAGAAUUGACAAUAGCAAGGGAUGUAUUUGAGCAUGCUGUUCUUUUGAGUGUGACGAUUGGGGAUCAGGAGGCCUUUGAAAGGGAUUUCUUUCAGUUGAAGCCUUAUUAUACCGAUGCCGGUAGCUUUCUUCCCCAAUCUCCUCAGGAGUAUAUGAUAUUGGGUCUCAACCUCUUGAGACUCUUAGUCCAAAAUAGAAUUGCUGAAUUCCAUACUGAAUUGGAAUUGCUCUCCCCUACUGCUUUGGAGAAUCCUUGCAUCAAGCAUGCUGUGGAGUUGGAGCAGUCCUUUAUGGAAGGGGCUUACAAUCGCGUGUUAUCUGCAAAACAGAAUGUGCCAUACAAGACAUAUGAUUAUUUUAUGGAUCUUUUGGCAAAGACUGUGAGGGAUGAAAUUGCUGGAUGCAGUGAGAAGGCAUAUGACUAUCUUUCAAUAAGUGAUGCCCGUCAAAUGUUGCUCUUUCCUUCCGAAAAUGAACUUUUGGAGUACAUCAAGGAGGAGCAUCCCGAGUGGGAGAUAAAGAAUGGCUCUGUAGUUUUCCAGAAGGCAAAAGAAUCUGCCCCCUGCAAGGAAAUACCAUCUCUACAACUCAUCAACCAGACAUUGAGUUAUGCUAGAGAGUUGGAGCGGAUUGUGUAAACAGAUUAUAACCGUCUUCGGAGACAAAACUUCAGUUCUUCAACCUGGAACCAUUUCAUUUGAGGGUAUAACUUUCAUUUGCCAUCUUUUGUAGUUCAAUUGGGUCACUCCAGCGGUCUACAGAUCAACAUUUCUUGCACGCUUGAUUUGUAAUGGCCCAGUAUAUUUUACUUUUAAUUUCACAAUUCGACAUCCUUUUGUUUCA